AUCUAUCCCUUCCUUCUUUUGCGCCGCUCCUCUAGGCAGAACUGCGAGAGAACGUGAUCGAUCGAAUUUUAAAAAAGGCACACAUCCACCCCUGUGCUCCUGAGAUCACGAAAUUACUUUAUAUCUCCUGAUUACAAAAUCGGGAGUUCGUGUUUCGUGAUUUUUUCAUUCCGCGUGUGAGCUCGCAGAUUCCACUACACGUCCGCGAGGCAAUAAAGUCCAGUGAAAGAGGCCAGCUAAUCGAACAAAAUGUCGAACCUCGCAGAUCCCGUGGCGUUCGCUAAGGACUUCCUCGCCGGUGGUAUCUCCGCCGCCGUCUCCAAGACCGCCGUAGCCCCCAUCGAGCGUGUCAAACUGCUGCUGCAAGUACAGCACGUCAGCAAGCAGAUCGCCGAAGACCAGCGCUACAAAGGUAUCAUCGACGCCUUCGUCCGCAUUCCCAAGGAGCAGGGUCUGGUCUCGUUCUGGCGUGGUAACCUCGCCAACGUCAUCAGGUACUUCCCCACGCAGGCGCUCAACUUCGCCUUCAAAGACAAGUACAAGCAAGUGUUCCUCGGCGGAGUCGACAAGCACACCCAGUUCUGGCGCUACUUCGCCGGUAACUUGGCGUCCGGUGGUGCCGCUGGUGCCACCUCGCUGUGCUUCGUGUACCCACUUGACUUCGCCCGUACUCGUCUCGCCGCCGACGUCGGCAAAGGCGAGGGCCAACGCGAAUUCUCCGGCCUCGGAAACUGCAUCUCCAAGAUCUUCAAGUCCGAUGGCCUGGUCGGUCUGUACAGAGGCUUCGGAGUGUCCGUGCAAGGUAUCAUCAUCUACCGCGCUUCCUACUUCGGUUUCUACGACACUGCGCGUGGUAUGCUCCCCGACCCCAAGAACACCCCCAUCGUCAUCAGCUGGGCCAUCGCGCAGGCGGUCACCACCGUCGCCGGUAUCAUGUCCUACCCCUUCGACACCGUCAGGAGGCGUAUGAUGAUGCAGUCUGGACGCGCCAAGUCCGACAUGCUCUACAAGGGAACCCUCCACUGCUGGGCCACCAUUGCCAAGACCGAGGGUGGAUCCGCCUUCUUCAAGGGUGCCUUCUCCAACGUGCUCAGAGGCACCGGUGGUGCGUUCGUGCUCGUCUUAUACGAUGAGAUCAAGAAGGUCCUCUAAAUUGUUUAAUGUAAGAAUUACUGUUACCAUAAUUUCAAUUGUGAUUCUAAAUCACGUCUAGCCACUCCCCUGAAAUCAUGUAUUACGUAUUUAGGAUCAACACAAAAAAAACGAAACCUAGUAACUUAUUUUUUAGUUAAAUAAAAAUGAUUCCAUAUAUUUUUCGUUUCAUUAAAGUUAGUUGCAAGUGUUACAUAACAAACGCUUGAUAGAUUUGCUUGAAAUUAAUUUUAAGAAUCAAUUAACAUCUGUUCUAAAUAUAAAAUCAGUAAUGAUCUUGAAAUAGAAAACUUUUCUGAUCAGAUUUUUCUGUAGUGACAGAUUAUGUAAUGACCUCAUUUGUGAGUAGCGUUUGAGGCCAAGGCUACAUGACAGACUGCUUUUCUAACCUCUUUAUGUCUAAUACACUAAUAUAGAGUAUAUUAUUAUCCCACUUUAACAUGAAAGGGAGUGACAAAAAAUUGUGUAGUGAGUUAUGUAACGUUUGAAUUCAAUUUUCUGUGAACUAUAUUCAAUCAUGUGAUUGCGGCAGCUGUUAUGUAACCUGCCUGGAUGCAGUGAGAGUGUACUUCAAGAAAAACUGUUCUACUUCUAGUGAACCACUGUUUAGUGCUCUUGUCCUGUGAUUUUUGACGUCUACCAACCUUAUGUAAUGUGUCAUGUCUGUUUUAUAGUUGUUUUUAUUUUAUAAGUUUACUGAUAAUUAUUUCUAGGCAUAUCAUUGGUAAAUAAUGUUGGUUUUAGUCAAAAACUAAGGACUUAAGUGUUUAAUACAUGUAACUUAGUAGGUAACAUAUUUCGGCAUGUGUGAGACGAGUGUGUUGCAAUGAUACUAUGUGGAAAGUUCCCUCGGUGUGAGUUUUUUGUAAGGAAAACUUCAUGCAAUACGAGAGAAUAAAAUAUUAAAAUGUU